AUGGGCAUGCGAGGAGUAUUUAACAGAGUGGCAACAGCUGUUUACAGCAUAGUUGAGAACAUCACGCUGUCAGUAGCGCCAGAAGAAGUAGAGGAGAUAAACGAAGAAGCGGAGGACCUUCUUAGGAUGACAAGGGGGGAGUACAGGAGCAUAUACAGAAAUCUAGCGAAAAUAAUGAAUCCCAGUAAAAAGAUGCUUUCCUCUGAAGACAUCCAUGCGAUCUCAGGGCUCCUGGAAAGUGUCAUAGACCAGGAAGACCUGCCAGAGUUCUCUGAGCACAUGGAAUACAUCAAAGACAUAUCACAGGGAGUGCCCAUAGACCCAGCGCAGCAGUCCAAGUUCUUCGAGUAUAUUUCAGGUAAGAAACCAGCGAAAAAAAGAGCAGAGGACCAUGAAAACUCUUCAGAGCUCGUAGAAAAAGUAAGAGAAGAGCUAGCACACGAGCAAAACAACCAGAAAGAGCCAGCAGAAAUAAGUGCACCAGUGGGAACAGAUAGACACACAGAGUAUCAGAUGGAGGGCGUGCGUCCUGCAGUGAUUCCUCUGACUAACCACAGCUGCGACAGAUGCAAACCCAUUUUGAACAAAUGGGUGAUGCUGCCCGAUGGAACAUACGAGUACAAGAGAGACAGAAGCACAGAGUGCGGGAAAAGAGUGUCCGAUGAGACUGCGGGCACACAAAAGAAAGGGAAAAGAGAAGUGCUGAUAGGAAUACCACCGGGUGUCAUUCCCACACACACGUACAUGCGAAUGAAAGAGCAGGGAUUUAUAAAGGAGCAGGAGGCUCUGGAAAGAGACAGCUACCAUGCCUCUCAAACUGACACUCUUUCAAUGGUUCUGAGAGAUCUGAGAAAGGAAAAAAAGAAAGAGGAGGAGGAAAUGAUAAAACAAAAUAAAAGAAAAUUCCUGGAAGAAAUGGCCAGAUGUGAUGAAAGAGACAGGAUGGAAGCAGAACGAAAGAAAAAAGAGCCAAGAGAAACCUCCCUAGAAGAGCUAAAGCAACAGGUGAGAAAAGAAAGAGAAGAAAGGAAUGAAACACCACAGAAGAAAACACCAGAACAGCAGAAAGCCUUUGAUGAUAUGAUGGAAGAUGCGAUUAGAGAAGUAUCCAAGGGGAUGUACGAGCCGCACCACUACAAUACGGUGAAAGAGCUUGAUAAGACCUACCUCGAAAGACAGAACGAAGAAAAAGAAAAGAAGUCUGGUGGAGUGUUAAACAGCAUGCACAGCCAGAUGGACAGUAGAAUAACUGAUGGAAUAACUAGCCCGCAGAGAACAGGAUCAUUUACCAGUAGAUUUAAUGAAGAUGGAAAUAAGAGCACUAGCGGAGUAUUAAGUGGCAGUACUUCAUCUGCAGGACCGUUUAGAACAGGCGGUAGUAUUGAAAGCAAUAAUCAGUUUGCAUUUGGAGGAAGUAUUAGCAGUGCUUUUGGCGGCUUAAACAAUGCACCAUCUACGAAUAAGAGCGAGGGAAGUGCUAGCCAGUUCUCCUUUGGCGGAAGCAGUAGCUUAGACAUGUUCAAAACAUCUGGAGCAUCUGCAGGACAGCUUACUACCACAGGUGGAUUAGGCAGUGGAAACACUAGCUCAAUUUCCACAGGAUUUGCAAUGGAUAAUACACAGGUAGAGUCUUCCUCUUCAAUGGCAUCGAAUGGCUCCAUCAAUAUUCCAAAGGACACGAUUGGAAGCAUACAGAAGAAUAAGUACAGUGCAUCCAGCAGCUUUUUGGGCAGUGACGACAAUAGAUCGCCUUCCAUUAUCCAAGACACAAGCCGAAUAGGCACUCCAUCCAUGAACCCAGAAAGUCCAUUUGGUGCUGCACAGAGAGAAUUCUCAUUCACAGGGCGCAGUGAGGGAUUGGACAGAUUUGGCAGUCAAAAACUGGGAGAGUCUGAAGAGACUCCUAUCCACAGAAAAAGACAGAUGGAUGAAGAUGGAAGCUCCUCAAAGGCACAGCCAUUCUCAGGACACUCUGAGUCACCACUCGAAGCCUUCCAGAAGAAACUCCAGCAAGAAAAGCAGGAGGGACAAAGCGCAAGAGCAAACGAGACAAAAGAUACAGCAGUGCAGGGGAGCCAGAUGAGCAGUGGUUUAUUCGGAGGGCUAUCAUCUUUCACCGGUCAGAGCAGCUCAGCAUUUUCCAGUGAAACCAGAGAGCAAAAAGCAGCUGAUCAGAUAAAUAUUAGCGGACAAAAGAGCAAUCUAUUCAGCAAUCCAGCGCAGAGAGCAGACACGAAUGCUUCUAAUGCGCUGAGAAGCUCUAUGAGCCAGGGCACUAACAGCACCCCAGGCAGCAUGUACUCCAAUAUAACCCGAGAAUUUGGCGGAGUAAGCAAUAGCCUCACCAAUAGCCCAGGACAGAAUAUUAUGACAGGAGCAUCCGCCAGUAUAAAUAGCAGUGGUGCAGGAAGUGUAGCUAAUCCAUUCGGAAAUAGCAGUGGAGUGAAUAAUAAUCAGCUAGGGAGUGGAAUGAGCAGCAAUGUAUUUAGUAAUAUGGGCAGUAUGAGUGCAGGAAAUAACAAUAGCAGCAGACCUGUAAGUGUGUUCUCUAAUCCCAGCCAGAAUAAUAGCAGUGCAUUCUCCAGCUCUCCUCAGAGUAAUGCUAGCAUAUUCUCCAAUCCAUCGCAGCAGGCUUCUUCUGUGCAGCAGACAUUUGGACUAAAUAACGCCAACAAUGCGGGGAAUGCGUUCAAUAGCGGUAACUCUGAUCUUUUUAAGGACACUUCUGAUGGGAACUACGUAAAUCCUUUUGCAAGCAAGGAAACUGUUAGAAAGCGCACAUCCUUCUUAUUCAAAAAAUAA